AUGAAUAAGAUGAUCGAAGGGAAUUUUGAAAAACAAAAGCAAUACCAAAAGCAGUUACAAGAUAUUUACGAUAGGUGCAAAAAAGCAACCACCGAUAUAAGGCAAGGGCUGUUGGGUGGAAAUCCAAUAAAAAUGAAAAACGUUGAUAUCAUGGAUAUUUUCAAGUACUCCAAUUUAAAAUUUCAAGUAAAAUCUAUCGGUUGACAGAAGAAGCAGGUAAUGCCCAAGCCUAAAAGAAUUAGACGAAGAAUCAGAAUAACAAAGGAGAUAAGGUGGAAGAGCAGCUGAUCUAAUAUUUUAAGGAUAUUUUGAAUGAAUUCAUUGCUGAUAUCUAUUUGAAGCUCAAAGAAUUCUAAGGGGAAAAAAAGAGCGUAUAAAUAAGUAUUACUAUAUUCAGGUACUCAUUAUUGUCUCAAAAACAUAUCAUGAUUACAAAGCUUAUUCAUAUUGGUUAUACAAAAUGUUUUAUUAUUUGGAUAAAUUCGCUAUGCCAUAUGUUGGAACUACCCUGUGCAGCACCUCCUUAAAGCUAUUCAAGGAGGGAUACUUCGAUAAGUGCAAUAAGCUGAUUUUGAACACAAUUUUACAAUUGAUUUAGGAAACAAGAAAGAAUGGAAUAUUGUUGGAUAAAUAAAUCAAACAACUCAUCUAAUUGUUUUCCGUCAUGGGUUCCAAAGAAGUUGAAUUGAAGUACAUGAAAGAAUCAGGAGAAUAUGACUACAUCUGUAAAAAGCAAGAAGAUGCACAAAAAUACUACAAAGAUAAUUUCCAAUGUUAUCUUUUGCAAGAAGUAAAGUUACACAAAUCAUAUUAAGACUUCCAAAUUCUAUAAGGAUGAAAUAGAGGACAAAUAAAAAUUUACUACUCCAGAGUUUGUAAACUGGGGUAAUUCUAUUUUCAAGUUGGAAUUGGAUAUAUGCAUAGAAUGCUAUCCAAAGAGUCAAUAGGCCAUUGAAAAUAAGUUGAAGAUGAUACUAGUCAAAGAUCAAGCAGCCAGAUUGGUGGAUUCUCCCACAGGAGUUGGUUAUAUGUUGCAAUAUGACAGAACUGAUGAAUUGAAAUAAUUGUUUUAAUUCAUCUUCAGAACAAAGGAAUGCAUUACUCAUAUUGCCAAGGCUUAUCAAACUUAUUUUGAGUAGCAAGGACAAUUGAUUAAUAAUUCGAUUGAACAAGAACCAUAAUAAGUAAAAGACGGUCGUUAAAUACGUAAUCUAUAUCAUUUACUCAAACAUAGAUGAAGCUGAACUCUAUUUCAAUAGAAUGUUGGAAGUUAUGGAAAAGGCCUAAAAUAUAUUAAAAAAUUAAUUGCAAGACGAACCAGAGAUUUAAAAGUCUUACAGUGGAGCCUUUAUGAUGGUGAUCAAUAAAAAUGAGAAAUCCCCAAUGUGGUUAGCUAUUUAUACUGAUAUCAUCAUAAGAAGCGAAAAGGGAGUAAAUGAGAUGGAAACUGAUAAAAGGUUGAGCAAAAUUGUAUCCCUCUUUCAAUUACUUUAUCAACGUGACGUGUUCUUUCGACAUUAUUAGAAAUUCUUAUCGAACAGAUUGCUCAAUCAAUAGCUAUAGAAUAUCUAAUUGGAGAAGCAAUUGUUGUAGAAAUUCAAGGGAGAAACUGGUACUAAUGUAUUGUAAAUAUUUGACUCAUAUUUAGAACUCAAUUGUCCAGCAUGAUCAACGACAUUGAACAGUCCAAUAGGUUUGCCUAAGAUCAACAGAUCAGUAAAGAUACUAAAUUUGAUUUGAAUGUGUUCUUGUUAUCAUAAGGUUGUUGGCCAAUCACCACCAUUCUAGACAAUGUUAUUAAGCCAAUUCAAAUCUAAAAUGUUCUGGAGUACUAACUUACUUAAUAUAUUUAAUUAGGAAUUACGAGAAGAUAUACUUGGGUAAACACAAUGGGAGAAUACUCACAUGGUGUUUUAAUAUGGGACAAGGGGAAUUAAUAUAUAAAUUAGCAGCAGACAAAUACUAUCUGAAUGUGAAUACUAUGCAAAUGAUUGCUUUUCUCUUAUUCAAUUAAGCGACAUCAUUUUCAAUUAAGAAUAUCUAGGAAAUGACCAAAAUUGAUAAGAUUGAUUUGGAAAACUCAUUGAUUCCUUUCGUUUGCUUAAAGAUCAUCUAAAGAGAGAAGCAGGAUGUUGAGGAUUUUUCAGAUGAAAAUGAAGUUCUAAAACUGAAUUUGGGUUUCAAUAAUAGGGCCAAAAAAAUGAAAUUGUUGCCUAAUCCUAAGAUGCAACCGAAAAGAAUUGUAAGAAGUGUUUAAUCGCUUUUUAGAGUAAGGUCAAGGAGCAAAAUCAGGAGGAAUUACAAUAGAUGGAGCAAAUUAACAAGCAAAGGGAAUUUGUGGUCGAUUCUUAAUUGGUUAGGUUGAUGAAAUCAAGAAAAACUAUUAAGCAUCAUGAAUUGCUGGAAAAUUGCUAACAAAUGAUUACAAUCUUUAAACCUGAUAUAUUAUUCAUCAAAAAGAGAAUUGAAAAUUUGAUAGAAAGAGAAUACAUUAGAAGAGAUGAAAAAGACUGGUAUUUAUCCAUCUUAACAAAUUAUUAGGAAUAUUUAUCAUUAUUUGAAUUGAAAAUUAUUAAAUCAAAAUUGUUA